CCAAAAUCCAACAUGUCGGACGAAGAUUGCAUGUAUGAUGAUGAUGAAGAAUAUGAUUUGGAAUACUCUGAAGAAAGUAAUUCUGAACCAGAUGUUGACUUGGAGAAUCAGUACUACAAUUCCAAGGCUCUGAAGGAAGAUGACCCUAGAGCUGCAUUGGAGAGCUUCCAAAAGGUGUUGGAGUUGGAAGGCAAAGAUAAAGGAGAAUGGGGCUUCAAAGCUCUGAAACAGAUGAUCAAAAUUAAUUUCAAACUGAGUAAUUAUGAACAGAUGAUGGUGAGGUAUAAGACUCUACUGACUUACAUUAAGUCAGCUGUAACGAGGAAUUACUCAGAAAAGUCUAUCAACUCCAUCCUUGACUAUAUCUCCACAUCAAAACAGAUGGAGCUGCUACAAGACUUCUAUGAAACAACACUGGAUGCCUUGAAGGAAGCUAAAAAUGAGAGAUUAUGGUUCAAAACUAACACCAAGCUUGGAAAGCUGUACUUUGAUAGAGGAGACUAUUCCAAACUGCAAAGAAUUUUGAAACAGUUACAUAUAUCCUGUCAGACUGACGAAGGUGAGGAUGAUCUGAAGAAAGGAACACAGUUGUUAGAAAUAUAUGCCUUAGAAAUCCAAAUGUAUACAGCACAGAAAAACAACAAAAAAUUAAAGGCUCUGUAUGAGCAGUCUCUCCACAUCAAGUCAGCCAUUCCCCACCCGCUCAUCAUGGGUGUCAUCAGAGAAUGUGGUGGGAAAAUGCAUCUACGCGAAGGAGAAUAUGAGAAAGCACACACAGAUUUUUUUGAAGCAUUUAAGAAUUAUGAUGAAUCUGGUAGCCCCAGACGUACGACCUGUCUGAAGUACCUGGUUCUGGCAAACAUGUUGAUGAAAUCUGGCAUCAACCCAUUUGACUCUCAGGAGACCAAACCCUACAAAAAUGAUCCGGAGAUUCUUGCUAUGACCAAUUUGGUCAGUGCUUAUCAAAACAACGAUAUUAAUGAAUUUGAGAAGAUUUUGAAAACAAACAGAAGAAAUAUAAUGGAAGAUCGAUUCAUCAGAGAACAUAUUGAAGAUUUACUAAGGAACAUUCGAACACAAGUGCUUAUCAAACUGAUCAAACCCUAUACCAGAAUACACAUACCAUUUAUCUCAAAGGAGCUCAACAUAGAUCCGAUGGAGGUGGAGAAUCUUCUAGUGUCCUGUAUUCUUGACAAUGCCAUACAUGGGAGGAUAGACCAAGUGAACUUAGUGUUGGAACUUGAUCGGGAGGCAAUGGGUACAGCCCGAUACAAUGCUCUGGAUAAGUGGACUGCCCAGUUACAAACAGUGCACCUGGCUGUGGUGAACAAGACAGCAUGACACCAUGACCACCGACAAGCAACUGACCAUUGGGUCUUUUGACUUAUUGAUGUCAUUAAUAAUCAAGGGAAGUUAGAUUAUCCAGCAAUCGUUACCGCAUUUGACAGAUGUGUAAACCUGUUAUUGGUGUUACGACACAAAGUAAAUGUGGCUGCAGUGCUUUAGGCUCUUUGAGGCCAUUUAACUUUAAAUUUGUCUUUUGACAAGUGUUAAGUCAUUGCAAUUUGAAACACCACAAUUUCUGUUUAACAGAAGGAAAACAUUUGAUUGCUAUCAGUAUAGUAAGUUAAGACUUAAAAAUUCUAUUUAAAAAGUAGGAUUUUUUUGUUAGACAUAAACAAAGAAAUGUUAGCUUCUUUGUUGAAAAGUCAUUUGUGCUCAGUUGAUGAGAUUGUGAUGGAAUUUUCAAUGAUGAUCUGUUCAUACAUCUUAAGAUAGUGCAUCUCCAGAAAAUGUUUAAUGACCUGUCAUCUCUUUUACUACCUAUUCACGAUGUUUACAAGGAUGGAUCUUGUUAUGUGGACCCAAACUCCUGGGAAAAAGUGCUUCUGAACUUUAACACUUUGGAGCAAAAAAAGUCAGACCUAAUAGUGAUCUGAGUGCUUAUACAAUUGAAAAGUUUCAGUUUGGAGAGAGAGAAAUCAAAGUGUUUGAACAAGAAAUGCAACACAAGAUCAUGAUGUCAAACUACCAGAUCAUGUAAACAUGUGCACAGAUGUAAUAUUAAACUUUUUUUUAACAAAA